AUGGCUCGCAAAAGCACUCAUCACGCCUCAUGGUUGCAUUUGCAUCUAGCUGUUUGUCUCAGCUUCCUCCUUUUGGCAAGCCACCAGCUCCCAAGUUGCUCCCUUGCACUGUCAGAAACUAUCAGCAGAUCAAGCGGCACCUCACGAGUCCCAGCACUAUGCCGCUCGCAGGAGGCUGCGGCGCUCCUCCAGCUGAAGGGGUCCUUCGCAUUCCCCACAGCCACAGAUAGCUGCGAUGUCAAUACGACGUUGUCGUCGUGGAGAUCAGGCACUGACUGUUGCCGGUGGGAAGGCGUCAGCUGCGACGGUAUCACGGGGAGAGUUACUGCCCUCGACCUGUACAGCAGUUGCCUGAAGGUCUGCAGCGGCCUUCACCCUGCUCUCUUCAACCUCACCUCCCUCCGGUACCUCAACCUGGAGGGCCUCGACCUUUGCGGCUCACAACUUCCAGAGUCGGGUCUUGAGAGAUUGACCAAUCUUCGAGUCCUCAUGUUAGAGAGCUGCAAUCUUUCUGGUUCGAUCCCACCUUCCUUUACGGGUCUUCAUUCCCUGCAAGAGAUUCAUCUCAGUCACAACACGUUAAACGGCAAUAUCUCUAAUCUGUUCUCUGCUCAUAGCUUCCCACAUUUGAGAGUCCUUGACCUUUCUUCAAAUAUGUUCGAGGGAACGUUUCCGCUUGGGAUCACUCAACUAAAAAAUCUCAGGUUUCUAGAUCUUAGCUCCACGAACCUCUCUGGUGGUAUUCCAAACUCCAUAGGGAAUCUCUCGUUACUGAAGGAAUUACACCUUUAUGAUAACGGACUCUCCGGGGGCCUGCCUUGGGAGCUCAGCAAUUUGACAUACUUGACCGUACUAGAUUGUUCAAAUUCUAGUUUAUCUGGACAACUUCCGUCACUUACAAGUUUAAUACGGCUGCAACGUAUCUCGGUUUCCUCCAACAACCUCAUGGGGACAGUACCCGCAACCAUAUUCACCCUGCCAGCAUUGGUGGAACUACAUCUGCAGGUGAACAACUUUUCCGGUCCGGUCGAGGAGUUCCAUAAUGCAUCUGGCACAUUGUUUCAAGUUGACUUGAGUAGCAAUCAGCUGACUGGUACAAUUCCAACCUCAUUCUUGGAGCUCACUGCUCUUGAUACCAUUGCUCUCGACUCCAAUCAUUUCACAGGGACGGUGAAUCUAAGUAGCUACUCUAGGCUAAGAAACCUCGCUAAAUUUACAGCCUCUGGUAACAGCUUGGUAUCUAUUGUCGGAGACGAACCCUGGACCAGUGGUAGCAGUAAUAGUAGUAUUUCUGAGUUGGCGUUUGCAUCCUGCAGCCUAACUAGGUUACCUAGUGUCAUAAGACAUCUACCGUUCCUUGACUGGCUGGAUCUGUCUUAUAAUGGCAUCGGUGGCAACAUACCUGACUGGAUCUGGAGAAACAUGAGCACGUGGUUGGACCUUUCUCACAACAUGUUCACUGAGGUGGCACAGCCCCCUGCUUACACUGUCAUAUCGCACAUUGAUCUUAGCUUCAAUAGGCUCCGCGGUGCCGUGCCUUCGCCUUCGCUUCUCUCUGCGUUUUACCUUGAUUACUCCAACAACAAAUUCUCUUCCAUGCUGCCCGGCGAUUUCCUCACGCUUUAUGGUACUGCACCCUCCAUCAACUUGGCAAACAACCAACUAGGUGGGACUAUUCCGUAUGCAGAGUGUGACCAGUUUCAUUACGAGGAGCAGGACGGUGAGGCUCUUCGAGAUCUCGACCUAUCCGGUAACAACUUCAGCGGGGAGGUCCCACCUUACGUGCUUAGAGGCUGCAAUAAUGCCCUGCGGGUGCUAAACCUGAGGGGCAAUCGCCUCGAGGGAACGUGGCCCCAGGAGAUGGACGGGACAUGUAGACUGGAGGCCGUAGAUUUACAUGGAAAUCAGAUCCGAGGGCGCUUGCCAAGAUGGCUAGCUAACUGCAGAGAGUUGAAUGGGCUCGAUGUCGGCGGCAACAAUUUCAUGGAUUCUUUCCCGUCAUGGCUAGGAAACCUCCCUCACCUUCGUGUGCUUAUCCUGAGAUCCAACCAGUUUUACGGUCCAGUGACGACAGUGAGCAUGGACCCUCAUAGUCAUAGGAAGAAUCACUCGAGGUCUGCUUACUUCUCCAGUCUCCAAAUCAUUGACCUUGCAGAAAAUGGCUUCUCUGGAGUGCUACCACCGGGACUCUUCUACAGUUUCAAGACCAUGGCUCAGGCCAGCACAGUGCACAAAGUACGUGAGAUAACAGUGAUAGGUGAACAGGGUGAGACUGACAUACAUCAGGAACGACGAAAUCCGGUCGAGGUCGCCAUGAAGCAGCAAUACAUGAGGAUGCUUGAAGACCAACAACUCGACCUCAUGCUGAUUGACCUGUCCAACAACAGAUUCAGCGGUUCCAUUCCAAGGACGGUGGGCAACCUGACUGCCCUUCUCGUGCUCAACCUGUCGCGCAACGCCUUCACCGGGGAAAUCCCGGUGGAGCUCGGCCUCCUGUCGCAGGUCGAGUCGCUGGACCUCUCGUGGAACCAUCUCACGGGGGAGAUCCCACAGUCGCUGGCCUCGCUGACGGCCCUCGAGUGGCUCAACCUCUCCUACAACGACCUCAGCGGGAGCAUACCUUCGGGCACCCAGUUCUCGACGUUCCCCAGCAGCUCCUUCCAGGGAGGCAACCGAGGGCUAUACGGAUGCCCGCUUCCCGUGCAGUGCAACCUGACGCGUCCGCCGUCGGCCGCCAAGGCUCCGCCGCCGUUGCAUGUGCCCGGUGGAGAACCUGCUGACCACAGGUCCCAAGUUGUCGUGCUGUGCCUCUUCGUUGGUUCUGGCUUUGGGCUGGGCUUCGCGCUGGCCAUUGUUUUGCAGGUGGUCUGCAGCAGGAGAGGCGCCAGGAAAUGGCUGUGCAGAGCCAACUAG